AUGGCAGAAUUAUUAGUCACCUUUGCUGCUGGGGCUUCCUAUGGUAUGACUACUGUAGUUGUGGGCCAACCACUCGACACAAUCAAAACUCGAAUGCAAGGCUUGCCUAGUGCCUCACGAUCCUCGAGUUUCCAAGUGGCCAAGGAUCUCUUUUUCCGAGAGAGUAUUUUUGGAUUGUACCGCGGUGGUUUGCCCCUCUUUUUUGGCGGAGCUUUUAUGCGAUCUGCUCAGUUUGGUUUUUCAGGAGCCUGUAAAUCAUGGUUGGAGUCAUCCUUCGGCAAGACACAAAAUCGUUGGAUGGGAAUAUUCGACUGGCAAAUAGUAGUGGCAGGAAUCGCUGGGGGUAUCGGCAGGGGGAUAGUGGAAACGCCGACGGACUUCUUCAAAACACGGAGACAAGUGGAGAAGGAAUGGACAUUGCGACAUGUACUAGAUGGGACUGGUGUCACUUUGGCGCGAAACGUGUCAUUGUUUUCAUGCUUUGUAGUCUACCUUGAUAUUUCCAAGCAGGCGUGUCAAGCUGGUUAUGUUCCGUCGUUCUUGAUGCAACCAAGUGGGGAUGGACUGAGUCCAUUCGCCAAGGGGGCCAUCUGUGCCAACCUAGCGUGGCUGACUAUUUGGCCACUGGAUGUUUUGAAAACCCAACGGCAGUCGGGGAACUACGAAGGACAAAGUGCAAUGCAACUUUUGAAAACCAAUCUGCAGACUGGUAGACUAUUCCGAGGAGUACUUCCAGGACUCUUUCGAUCGACCAUUGCAAAUGGGAGUAGCAUGGUAGUAUACGAACUUGUUCAUACCAACUUGACAAGAACCUUCCAGCUUGAGCGAAAAGACAUGACAUGA